AUGUGGCAAGUAUCUUGUUCACCUGAAACAUAUGCAGAGCAAUUAAAUCAACAAACAUAUACACCCUGGCAUGCUUAUGCUUUAAGUAAAAUAGCAAAUAUCUAUUUUACCAUUGAAUUACAACAUCGUUAUGGAUCACAAGGACUUCAAGCAUAUGCUCUUCAUCCAGGUGUAGUUAAUACAGGUCUUCAAAGACAUGUUGCUAUAUCUCAAUGGAUUAAUGCUCCUUUCCAAUCACUUCUUUUUAAAACACAACUUGAAGGUACUCAAACAAAUUUAGUUUGUGCUGUAUCAGAUCAAGCUGUACCAGGAAAAUAUUACGCAGAUUGUCGAGAGGAGACAUUUGCGAAUCCUCAUGCAGACGAUGCUGAACGAGCUUGA